AUUUAUAACAAAUAAUAAAAGAAAUAACCUAAAUCCCACAAAAAGAAAAGUCAAACAGACAGCUCUCGUCUGUAUUGUAAGCUUCCUAUAUUUCCCCCCUCCCCACGAAUCCCAGAAAAGACAACAAACGAACAAUGGAGAAGCCCUCCGCCGCCGCCAUGGCCCCUCAGCUCCUCCGCAACCUCAUCAUCUCCGCCCUCUUCUUCGCCGACAAGGCCCUUCUUUACCUCCCCGUCAAAUGGCAACUCCUCGACAAACUCCGGUUCCUUCUCGUCUCUUGCUUCCUCUUCUUCCUCCGCUCUCUCCCUUCCGUUUUCUGUCCCGACGCCGAUUCCUCCAAGGCCUUCAAAUUCUCCUCGAAGAAUCACGAAUCCACCGAUCUCUCUCCCACCUCAGCAGGAGGAGGAGACUCGGGAAUUGCUCGAGCGAUCUCGCAAUUGCUCUCCUCCAUGAACGAAAUCCCCGUGAGCUCGAGGAAGUAUGAAGUGGUCCGAUCCUUGGCGGAGAGACUGAUCGACGAGAAUCGCGGCGAGAACUCCGCCUCGUUGAUCGAUGUGAACCGUAGGGUUUUAACUGCGUCCUUCGCUAGAACGCUUGGCCGGUUAGAGGCGGCGGUCGAGAGAGACCGGCCGAGGGAUUUGGGCGAACCGAUCCGGUACGGGUUGAACCGGGUGGUGAGGGUGGCGAUGAGAGCGGUCGGAGAUGGUUUAACAGGUAAAGGCGGAGAAGAGGCGGAGCAGUGGUCGGCGGAGAAGCUCGCGGCGGAGGUGCUGUGGCUGUCGGAGAAGAUGGUGACUUGCGGGUUCGGCGAGGAAGCCGUGGAGAAGUGGGCUUCGGCUUCCAGCUUGGCUCGGCUCGCUCUCUGGGCUGAGCCACGGCUCCAAGGCUCCAUGGUCCAGAUUUCUGCUUUCUUGUUCAAGCAAGUCAAGGAGAUGGGCAAAGGAGAAGGAGGAGAGAAAGAUAAAUGGAGGCUGACGAAGAAGAAGAUGCUGACGUCGUGGCUGCCAUUGCUGUGCAGGGCCAGCAAUGGAGCCGAGAAGCCAUUCCUGAGAACAGUGGAGCAAACGAAGCUGGAGAGGGUAUUGGAAGAGACCAUUUCAGAGCUGAAGAUAGAGGAUCAAGAGCAAGUACUGUCGCUUUGGCUACACCACUUCACGCAUUGUUCGUCCUCUGACUGGCCUAACCUCCAUGCCUCCUACGCCCGCUGGUGCAGCUCCUCCCGCAAGAUCUUUCUCUUCCAAUCCAAGUAAGAACCCUCCCUCCAUUAGACGAUACGCCCAAAGAAGGCAUUUAGAUGAUACUGAUGAAUCAUUACACUUUAUAUAUGAAGAUUGUAACAUUGAUUGAAAAUGAAGUUACUUUUUUUUUGUAAUAUGGAAGGAGGCAGGAAUGACAAGUUUUGUAUUGGAACCAAAGAAAUGUGUUUGGAUUUCGUCCCAUUCUUUUCCUUUCAAUUCAUAUAUUUAUUCAAAGCUGAA